AUGUCUGAGGAAAGCGAGAUGGAAGACAACGGUCCCCUAACCACGGAAGAGGAUCUGAGGAGAGCGGCGGAGAUUACGUCGAAACCGCCUUUUGUACAGAUUGGGAAUCUGUGCAAUUUCCGGGAUGUGGGGGGGUGGGAUGUUGAUGUUGAUGUUGAUCUUGUUGUUGGGGGGGAGGAGGGGGAGGUUGGUGAUGAGGGUGAUGGGAUAGAAACAGAUGGGAGGAGGAGAGUAAAAGGAAAGGUUAGGAAAGGUAUUCUUUACAGGGGACCGGAUUUGUAUAUCUCCCCAUUUCCCUUCCUUUCCCUCAUCAUCCUCGAUCCAACCCAAAGAACUAACUCUCAUCCAAACAAAAGCGGUUCCUUAACCACCCAAGGCGAACAAACCCUCAGAGACGAAUUACACGUCAAAACUAUCCUAGAUCUGAGAAGUGUCCCGCAGAUCGAGCGAGCGGGGGGUGUGAGGGAGGUUGAGGGGACGAGGAGGGUUUGGUGUCCGGUUUUUGAGGUGGCGAUGUAUAGCCCUGUGAACGCGGGACGGAGGUAUGGGUUGUAUUGUGGGGUUGGGGAGGUGGGUUUGUUUGUUUUUUCUUUGGAGUUCGUUUGAGGAGGGGGGAGGGGGGUAUGAUGGGAGUAUGAGGAGAGGGGUUUAUGGGGGUAUGGGGAGGGGAAUGAGUGCUAAUUCGAAAUGGAUAUCAGGGAAUCGUCGCUGCCUUUGAAGAAAUUAUGGAACACAGCGCGAAACCAUCUUUCAUCCCCUUACUACACCACCUCGCCUCCCUCAACCCCACCCAACCCGACGCCACAAUCCUCCACUGCACCACAGGCAACAACCGCACCGGCAUCCUCACCGCCCUCCUCCUCUCCCUACUCGGCGUCCCCGACUCCCAAAUCGUGGAUGAAUACGCGCUCUCGCAUCAUGGUCUUGCCUCGAGCAGGGAGAAGACGGUUGAUAGAUUGAUGCGCAAUCAGAGGUUUGUGGAGGUUAUUGGGGAGGGGGUGGAGGGUCGAAAAAAAGCGGCCAGGAUGGUGGGGGCGAGGAGGGAGAGUAUGGGUUUGUUUUUGCAACGGGUGAGGGAGAGGGGGGGUGUGGAGGGGUGGGCUAGAGGGUUGGGGGUUAGUGGGGAGUGUGUGGAAGGUGUUAGGGGGGUGAUGGUUGAGGUUUUUGAAGAGGAGGGGGGGUGA